AUGGCACCCCGGGAGCUGCUUCUCUGGCACUUGUGGCUGCUGCUUGCCGUGCGCCCGUUAGCAGGAUGGCUUGAUGUUGAUCUGAUGUUGAGACGGAACGCGUUCGUAGCUGCGUUCCACAGCUGCGCUCGCUUACCGGCCAUGUGGACAUGCAGCUUCCCGCUCACCGCUUGCUCCAUGGAAGACGGCACGACGAGGCCUUUGUGCGCUGUGGCACCGCCACCUUGGCAACGCUUCUCAGCUGUCGCGGGCUACAGAGAUAGCUGCCAGAAGCCCUCGGUGACUGGGCGAAGGUCUCCGGCCGUCCCAAGACACCGUGUUGCGGUCACCCUUCCACUGUCCAGCCCGGGAGCCUUCCACUGUCAGGCCCUCGAGGGGCCGAACACGUCGGGUUUAGGGCCCUGGGGCCCUGAUCAAAACAAAACCCUGUGA